UAGCUUGACUGCCAAAUUUUAAAUCAGUUUGACCCAGAUUUAUAAUGAUUAUUCUUUAAAAAAAUAUAUAAUGUUGUAUGCACCGUAUGGGAUUGAAUUAUCAUUAAAUGGAACAAGAGAAACGAGGCGACCAGAAGAGCGUGGAGAAAUUCGAUAUCAAACUUAAAUCAAGGCCCAGGGAUGGAGUUAUCUUGCAGCUGCAUCACACUGUUCGAGGGUCCAAUGGAGAAAGUCGUAGGAUUCGGUUCUCGACGGGGACCUUCGAUGACAGUCAAGAGAAGCUCGCGUGUGCGGACAAUGUCGGUAACCUGUUCAUUCUAGACUUCUCCGACCUCAAGUUCUGGAAACUCACCGGUGUAGGGCCAUGCACAGCUCUCCAUUUCAUGCCCAACAAAUUGGACACAAUAAUAAUCGCCAAUGCGAAACGAUUUGAUAUCGCCUUCUUAGACACCGAAACAGGACAAGCAUCCUUGACACUAACCGGACACACGGCACCUGUGAAACAUAUUUCAUUCUCGAACAAUAAAAUAAACAACUUACUGACUGCUAGCGCAGUUGAAGCAAUACUGUGGGAACUGACAAAUUACACCAAAUACUUCACUCUAAAUACUUAUUUAGGCGCUCAAAUCCAGCAGAUAAUGUUCAUGCCGGGAGGCGAUUACCUCGUCGCUUGCUUUCAAAACGACACGGUACAGAUAUGGAAACAUGAAAGUAUGAAAUCAGUGAAGCAAAUUAUUCCGAGUGAGUUGAAACACAUGAAGAGCAUAGCGUUCACGAUGAAUGGCAGAGCGAUGGCGAUGGCCGGACUCACGCCCAUGCUAAUAUUAUUCAGCAUGGACACGUGGAAGGCUCUAAAAUCUAUAGACAUGUCCAAAUAUAACAUCUCUGGCGCACAGCAAAUCGCGUUUAUCCCACAAGUCUUCGAUGGAGGAGCCAACAAAAUACUGGCAAUACUGAGCAGUGAUUGCACGCUGCUUUUAUUUGAUUUAGAAUCUUUAUCGAUGAUACACAGUAUACGCCCUGAGUCAUCGGGAAUUCGCAAAUUCGUCGUAAGUCCUACUGGAAAGUAUUUCCUCUGUAUCUUACAACUCGGAGAAGUAAAUAUUUACAACUCCGCUCAUGUUUUGGACAUGGCUCAAAGUGCUAUAGGAGAUGGUAUAAAAGAAGAGGUCCCAUCUACGUCAACCCAGAAGCCUGUUCCUCACAAUCUGUCUCCUUCGAAAAUAGAAGUUGAACAGAAGAUGCGAACUUGCAUGGAUAGUGCUAGACUUAGGAGAAUCCUUAUGCAGUAUGGGGAAUAUCCUGACAAAUUCAGAUCGGUCAUUUGGAGGUCUCUUUUAAAUACGCCUAAAAACAAAAUAGCGUAUGCAGCGCUGGUUGACAAAGGUAUACAUCCAACGUACAGAGAUAUAGAAAAACAAUUUACUAUACACAGUUCCGUAACCUUGAAAAACCUUAAACGAUUACUGUCAUGUCUGGCACACUGGUGUCCCUUGUUUGGUGUCAUGAAAUUCUUGCCAGGGUUUGUGUUCCCGUUUGUGAAGGUUCUGCAAAAAGAUCCACUUUUGCUGUUCGAGUGUGUAGCAACAGUCCUACUGAACUAUUGUCAGUUGUGGUUUGAGUAUGCCCCAUUUCCACCAAUCAGCAUCUUGGCGAUGGCAGAAAAUAUACUAGCAGAGCACGACCAGCAACUUUUGAACCAUUUCUGCGAGGCUGGAAUCACGAGCCAAACUUACGCUUUGAAGAUAUUAGAAACCGCCUUUAGUGAGGUACUGACAUGUUCGGAAUGGUUGAUACUUUGGGACCAUAUUCUCAGCAACGAACCAGCAUUUAUUUUGAUGGCGGUUGUUUCGUAUAACAUUGUUCAGAAAAACGCCCUGAAAAGACUGACGACACACGAGCAGCUUGACAAUUUCUUCCACAUGCAGAAUCCAAUCGACAAGAAACUAUUUCUUAAGAAAGCCUAUGUUUUGUUGAAUGAAACUGGUGAAGAUAUUCAUCCUAGAAGAUUUUUUAACAGUUUCGUUUCUCUUGAAAAGGGAAACUGCUACCAACAAUUCACUGGGUACCCCAAAGCUACUAUUUGUUUAAAAUUAGCGAAGAAGGAAAGGAAAAAAGAGAGUAAAAGUGAUAAGUGUACCUUGCGAGAUUUGACUAAAAAAAGUCAAGAGAAAAUGAUAAACGAAAGACAGAAGGCUGAAGAUGAUUCAGAGUUGAGAACUAUGGAAAGUGAUAAUGAUACAUCUGAAGAUGGUCACGCGGAGAAAUAUGUGAAAAAGAGUAAGAGAAAAAGCCAUGAACACCACUCACCUAAUAGAGAAGAUUUGUGCACAAAGGAGUUUCUUGAAAGCGUUAUGUAUCCGGCGUCAGUGACGAGAAACAAACAACAUGGCGAUUCAAAAUCCAGUAGGAGAGAUAAAGACAGUAAUGUAGGUAGACAUUCGUCCAAAUCUAAAAAUAAGAAGAAAGCAACGGAAAGGAAGAACGACAAUUUAGAGAAAGAAGUUGAAAAAUUAAUAAGGACGUGCACGAACUCUGAUGUAACUGAUACAUAGUGUUAGAAAUGUACGAAUGUCUGUAAUUUUAAAGCUACGUAAGAAUUUUUU